AUGUCCUCCUGCGCCUUCACCAACUUCCUCCAGAUGCGCGGCUACGGCAAGGGUCCGGCUGUCGCAGCUGGUCCCGCCGCCGUGCCGUCCUCUUCUUCCUCGUCGUCGUCGCCGUUCGGUUCCGCCGUCGUCUCGGCCGGGCCCGUUGCCGCCGCGCUCCAGCACCACGCGCCGGCGCUCAGCGCGCUCGACGUCGGGUCGCCCCACAAGCGCCAGCGCAACAAGUCGCCCGACUCGUCUGCGCCGGCGCAGCAGGAGCACGAGCUGCAGCACCACGACGCCCUGUCGGUCAUCAGCGUCGACGCCGCCGUCGGCUACUUUGGCGCGUUCGCCCUCCCGUCGUCCGACGUCGACUCGUCCGCGACCGUGACGCCCGUCUCGCCGUCGCCCGUGUGCCCGCUCAAGUCGAUCUUGUGCGCCCCCUCGUCGCCCUCGAGCACCGUCCCGUCGUCCCCCUGCACCUCUCCUCCCGUAUCUCGUCCCGUCUCGCGCCGCUCGUCGACGAGCAAGUCGGUCCGGUUCGCUCGUUGCACCAACGCGAGCGUGUUCCCGACGCACUCGACGACCGAGUACGACCGCUCGCCGAUCGUGCCGACGUGCGAGGCCCAGUCGCUCGAGAUCAAGCGCUGCAAGAACGACGACGAGGACGGCGAGUGGGUCCAGUGCCAGGCGCGCGAGAAGGCGGCGGCGGCCGCGGCCGGCGCUCGCCUGCCCAAGCAUUCGCCCGCGAUGGAGAACCCGGUCGAGGGCGUGCACGGCCUCAUCGAGGGCUCGUACUUCGUCGGCGAGGAGCGCGACGACCCGGCCUUCCCGUCGCCGACGCCCCCGUGUGGCUCGCUCGGCGUCGCCGUCGUGCCACCCGCCAUCCCCGAGGCGGUUGACGAGGAGGACGACCUCGCCCUCGACGAUGACGACGUCGACUUUGCGGCGCUCGACCACGGCGUCGGCGGCGACGGCGAGCUCAUGUUUGUCGACGACUCGGCAGAGAACGACGAGGCGCAGCAGCAGCACGACGCGCACCGGUACGGCGACAGCGUGCCGCACCUCGUCCGCUCCGACUCGUCCGACGAGGCGUCGUCGUCGUCCGAGGAGUGUGGCGCGUCGUCGUCGUCGGUCGGCGGCAUGCGCUCGAGCAGCCCCGAGGGCAGCGUGUCGGGCGCCGAGGGCGCCUCGACGGCGGCAUCGUCGGUCGGCUCGGUCGACGAGCACGGGCAGCAGUGUGGACCGGCCGCCGAGCGGUGUGCGGCCGAGAAGAAGAAGAAGUUUGGGCUGUGCGCGUUGGGCAAGUGGACCCGCCAGGACCUCUUCCACUCGACCGACUCGCUCGGCGGGUUCUGA